ACCAGCCUCUCCGCCUGUGCGCAGCGCUUCCUCCCCCACCCCGACUCCUCGAUACUCCUGCCGCCACCCAACAUGGGGAAGAGGCUGAGGUCGACACGGCUGCCACCCGCGGCGGACACACAGCAGUCCAAGUGAUCCAGCAAGGCGGCGGCGAUGUCCGACUCUGACGGCGACGAGAUUGACGCCUUCCCCAAGCAGCGGGACGCCAUCCCCCUCGACGCCGACGACUCGAUUCAUCCAGAGAAGGAGGAUCCGGUGCAGCCUGUCAACGAUCUCGAGGGUGUUUCCGGCCAUGAAACUGAUGAUGGCGAAGAAGGCAAGGACGGCGAUGGAAGUGAUGACAGCGAAGGAGGUAAGCACCGCGACGCGGGCGCAGAUAGUUACGAGGUAUGGGACAAAAUAUAUAUGGCAAGAAUCAAGAGAGCGACCAAGGCAAUCCAACAAAUUUUUGCCGGUGAUGAUAGUUCGGGUGAUUUUUAUUUUGGUAGCGGAAAUACAUUAUACUAUGAUGGCGAUGAGCAUGAUGCUGAUGAUGUUGACUGUGAAGAGAUAAGGAGGAUACAAGUAGAGAAGAACAGUAAGCUGUCAGUGAAAUAUUUCAGAUUAGACGACGAUGAUGAAAGUGAUGAUGACGAGGGCAAAUCUAGCAAUUUACUGGUUCUGGACAAAGUAAAACGGGGUGCUGAAGCAGCCAAAUUGACAAAGAAUGGGCCUUCUAAUGGGCACCAUGAAAUUGCCAAAAGGAAGAGCAAGGAUGAAGGAAAAAGGGCUGAGAAGGGGUUGAAGGAACAAGGGUUGAAGCCAAAGUUGUCAAAAACCAGGGCAACCAAUACUAGGAUAAACCUGCAGACAUUGGAUGACUUUGAUGAUGAAGUGCAGAAAAAUAGUCAAGUGAUCAAACCUAGAAAGCUUCUGGUGAAUGCCACUGGCUCAAAUAGAAACAAGUUCAAGUCUGUUUCUGGUGAUGAUGACAUUCCAAAGCGAGAUGAGAUUGGUGAAAGACGUCGAAAACACGAACUACGUGUUCUUGCUCGGGUAGGAACCAAUACACGUGGAGACAACAAGGGCAAUGAUGAUGAAGCGUCGGAGUCUGAAGAUGAAUUCUACAAAGAUGUCAAAAGGCAGAGGACCGAAAAGCGCUUGCGCAAAGAACAGAGCGCCCCUAUCACCGGGCCGUUGGCAGAAGAAGGCGAAGGAGAUGGCAAGAGGAGGGGGAUCUCGCGCCAGAUCGAGAAAAACCGAGGGCUGACUCGCUCCAGAAACAGGAAGCUCAAGAACCCACGGAAGAAAUACAGGGCUAAGAGUGAGAAACAGGGACUUAAGUGGAGAAGUCAGGGGCAUGGCGUGAAGAAGGCCUCCGGUCCAUACGGAGGAGAAAUGUCUGGCAUUAAUCCGAACGUCAGCCGUAGUGUUAGGUUCAAGGGUUGAUGGCAUGCAUGAAAAAAUUUGUUUGGGUUCGUUUGCGUGGGACAAUGAACAUUUCGUCUGAUGGUGAUUUGAGUUUGUAGUCGUAACAUUUUAAUACAUUUGCACUGUUUAUACAGUUAAAAAAGUUGCAGCCGGUACGGUGGUUGCUUCA